UCCAGUGUAGCUCUUCAACGUAACAUGACGGUAAAGCCGAACUAGCGAGCACGGUGGGGAAGUGUCAGCCGCUCCGCUCCUCUCUCUCCACACACACACACACACACACACACUGAGAGAAGAGCAGCAGCAACAGCAGGAGUCUGUUGUGGAAAAGGCUGUCAACUGAAGAUCUCAUCUGGGAUUUUGCUGUUGUAAUACUAAUGGACAUCUCUGAUUUACAACAUCCCAUUUGAUCCUUUUAAAUCUGAACCACUCCCAGCAGCCCAUUCUUCUCUAGAGCAACUCAGACAUAGAGAUGUCUCUCUGUGAAGAACUUUAAGUCGAACUGACAGAUAUGUUUUAAGACAUCCCACAUCCUUUGCCUUACGAAGAAACAACACAAGGUCACAUUAAAAAAUAGACUCCCUGCAUGGGAGAGUCCUGCUUCAAUCAAACUGAGAUCACCCCACUGACACUACCGUCUCCCAUCUCCAGCUGACCCUCCGCACUCAACUUUCCGUCAGGAUGAGUGACUCACAGGAAGCGACGUCCCCAGUGGCAGGCAUAGGAGGCCCUGCUGCUUGCGUAUCUAAGGUGGAGCUGCGUGUUUCCUGCAAAUCCCUGUUGGACCGAGACACGCUCAAUAAGUCUGACCCCUGCGUCAUCCUCAUGGUACAGAACCAAGGUCAAUGGACUGAACUGGACCGUACUGAGGUAAUCAAGAGCAACCUGAAUCCGGUCUUUGCCAAAGUCUUAAUGCUGGACUACUACUUUGAGGAAGUACAGAAACUGCGCUUUGAAGUCUACGACAUUCACGGAGCCCACAGUAUUGGAACACGUGAUGACGACUUCCUGGGUGGUGUGGAGUGCACACUUGGACAGAUAGUGGCCCAAAAAAAGAUGGUGAAACCUCUGUUGCUGAAAUAUGGAAAAUAUGCUGGAAAAUCAACUAUCACAAUUCACGCAGAAGAGAUUUCUGGGAACAACGGCUAUGUGGAGCUUUCCUUCUGUGCCAAAAAGUUAGAUGAUAAGGAUCUCUUCAGCAAGUCAGAUCCAUUCUUGGAGAUUUACCGGAUCAAUGAUGAUGGAACAGAACAGCUUGUACACAGAACUGAAGUGAUUAAAAACAACCUGAAUCCAGUGUGGGAACCCUUUAAGGUGUCUCUCAUUUCUCUGUGCAGCUGUGAUGACGAAAGGAAGUUAAAGUGCUUAGUCUGGGAUUAUGACUCGAGGGGAAAGCAUGACUUCAUUGGCGAAUUCUACACCAAUUUCAAAGAAAUGCAGAAGAUUUCCUCAGGAAACAAGGUCACAUGGGAGUGCAUCAAUCCAAAAUACAAAUUGAAGAAAAAGAACUACAAGAACUCUGGGCUGGUUAUUCUCAGCGAUCUCAAGCUUCACAGAGUGUAUUCCUUCCUGGACUACAUCAUGGGAGGCUGCCAAAUACACUUCACAGUUGCCAUUGACUUCACGGCGUCCAAUGGGGACCCUCGCAAUAGCUGUUCCCUGCACUACAUCAACCCAUAUCAGCCGAACGAGUAUCUGAAAGCUCUGAUAGCCGUGGGGGAGAUCUGCCAGGAUUAUGACAGUGACAAACGAUUCUCUGCUCUGGGCUUUGGGGCAAGAAUUCCUCCUAAUUAUGAGGUGUCCCAUGACUUUGCCAUCAAUUUCAACCCGGAGGAUGAUGAAUGUGAAGAGAUCCAGGGGGUCGUGGAAGCCUACCAAAACUGCCUUCCCAAGAUCCAGCUGUAUGGUCCCACUAAUGUGGCUCCCAUCAUCAACAGAAUAGCUAAGCAGGCGGCUGGGAAAGAACCCAUCAAAGAUGCCUCUCUAUAUCAUAUCCUGCUGAUCCUCACAGACGGGGUGGUAACAGACAUGGCCGAUACACGAGAGGCCAUUGUUCGGGCCUCAUACCAGCCUAUGUCUAUCAUCAUAGUGGGAGUGGGAAAUGCCGACUUCACAGACAUGCAGAUCCUUGAUGGGGAUGAUGGAGUCCUGCGCUCACCCAAAGGGGAACCUGUUUUGAGGGACAUUGUCCAGUUUGUGCCCUUCAGAGACUUUAAAACGGCUUCACCAGCUGCGCUGGCAAAGUGCGUCCUAGCGGAGGUGCCGAAACAGGUAGUGGAGUACUUCAGUCACAAGGCCAUACCGCCCAUGAACCCAGUGCUGAAUUCAACCCCCAACUCCAUCGCCAACACACCUGAAUAACACUCAACCUGAAGUCCGGUCCAGCCCUGUACACCUCCACAGUACUGAAAAGGAUGAGAGCGGUGACAGGGCUGUUCUGCCACAACAUACAGUGUACACUGUCAUUCUGUUCAUUUAUAAGCUAUCCAUACACGACUGACGGUUUGGAUCUUGGUGUCUGAUAUUGCCCUUGACACCAUGACUGCUCUCCCAGCAUGCAAACCGGAGUCCUUUUCCCCUCUGCCUCACGUAAAAGCAGACAAUACAUCGAAUUCCCAUCAGGACCAGGCCUUCUGAUCCCUGCUGACUCUUUUCAACUUCACAAGGCCACUUCUGCAUUCUGCUGUUUUGUAUGCCCUUCAGAGCGUUUCAAGACUUUGCUCUGCCUGCCUGUGGGCUCUUUUCCUUUCUGGACUCCUGGAGAACUGGAACAGAAAUGCUGAGAAACGUACAAUACAGUGUAAUAUGAAUAUUUGAUCUAUAGAUAAUAGCAUGUACACUGACUAAAAGAGUUUGUGCUUUGGUUUUGCUGGACAAAUAUGCAUAGUUCACUGCUAAAAUCAUCAUCAUCUUGAUGUAAAGAUAAUGGGCGUGUGAGAAUGGUCAUCAACUGACUGGUCGAUUAAUCAGAAUGACUAGUUUUAAAUAUUUUAGUGGUAGUGCUUGAAUUAGCUUGCUGACAGAGCGCUGUUUGACAGUUUGCACGAUGAAACCCUCCUGGAAAAGCUGCGUCUUCAAAACCAUCCCCAUUAAGACACCGCCAAUACAGCCAUGCAUAUGCAGACAGGUCUUUUAAGCAUCUUGCGCCAUGAGCAUUAAAAGUAAAAUGAGUUGUUUAUGGAAAAUACCUUUUUAAGAUGUGUCUUGAGACUCUUGUGGUCUGUUUCAUUGUUAUGUCUAGCUUGAAUGCAUCUUACGUCAACACCCUCUAACAAACAUGUCUGACUGGUGAACAUGAAAACAGAAAUUAUACAGGACUUCUUCAAGAAUUAUUAGUUAACUAGUCAGCAGGUUGCCUGAGAAUAUUUUGAUAAUGUCUCUUUCACAUUACAGUCUGUCAACAAGUCUUCAUCAAUGCACUGAUUAAUGGGUAAACUACUUGAUUUGAUUCUGUUUAAAUGUUUUGUGGAAGCACUUGAACAUUGCCAGGAAAAAAUGUCACAGGCACUUUGUCAAUCAAGAGGCAAGUGCAUAAAUCAAUGCUCUAAUUAAAAAGGUGAAGUGUGUAAUUUCUGUGCCUGUAGCAGAGCCAUUUCAUAAAUACUGUAACUUUGCUGUUUUCAGACUGUUUUAAAUACAGUCUUCCCCUGUCUGUCAUUGGUGGGCCAAACAGAUAGUCCUUCCCCAAACUCACUUCACCCAUGUAUGGCAUGUCUACCCAUGUGAAAAAGAAGUAAAUUGCAUUGACAGCACUUGUAGUGUUUUUUUAAAAAAACUAAUACAUAUACUUAAAGAGAGUACACUUUCAUGAUUGUUGCUUAAAGGAGUAGUCCACUUCCAGAAUAAAAACUUACAGAUAAUGUACUCACCCCCUUGUCAUCCAAGAUGUUCAUGUCUUUCUUUCUUCAGUCGUAAGGAAAUUAUGUUUUUUGAGGAAAAUAUUUCAGCAUUUUUCUCCAUAUAGUGGACGAUUAUGGUGCCCCGAGUUUGAACUUCCAAAACGCAGUUUAAAUGCAGCUUCAAACGAUCCCAAAUGCGGUUGUAAACAAUCCCAGCUGAGGAAGAAGGGUCUUAUUUUCAUAAAAAAAUACAAUUUACAUAUUUUUGAAUCUCAAAUGCUCAUCUUGUCUUGCUCUGCCUGGACUCUGUGUAUUCUGGUUCAAGACAGUUAGGGUAUGUCGGCGCCAAUAGCCUUGUGGUUAGUACUCCAACAGUGCGGCGACCUGAGUUCGAAUCCCGUCUUGAGGUCCUUUGCUGAUCCCACUCCCCUCCGCCCAGUACUUUCCUGUCAUCUCUCUACUGUCCUGUUCAUUAAAGGCCCAAAAAGCCCAAAAAUAUAACUUAAAAAAAAAAAAAACAGUUAGGGUAUGUCGAAAAACUUGAAUUGUAUUUUCUCCCUCAACUUCAAAAAUCAUUUCAAAAUCAUCCUACAUCACUGCAGAAGCACCGACCCAGUCUUUGCAAAAAGAACAUGCAAAGAAGAUCCCUUAAGAUCCCUUAUGACACCCUUAACAAAAAAGGUAAAACAGUGAUAUAGGGAGAACAUAGAACAUAGCUGAGGGAGAACAUGAGAUGGGAGUUUUUCGACAUACCCUAACUGUCAUGAACCUAAAAAAAACGAGUUCAGGCAGAGCAAGGCAAGACGAGCGUUUACCAUUAAAAAGUAUGUAAACUGGAAGUUCAAACUUGGAGCACCAUAGAAGUCCACUAUAUGGAGAAAA